GCGUGGCUGCCACCUGGCCGGCGUAUCGCACGGCCUGGACUUCGAGGGAUAAGCGGUGUUGGAGUGGGGAGCCGGAGGGUUCCCUCCUCUCGGAGUGCAGGAGCUCCCGGGCUCGUGGGGGCAUCGCCGUUUCACACUUCGCCAGCCAGGUAUGCAAGUGGGUGGGGCUGGUGAAAGGUGGCGUGAGACUCCCGAGCGGAUGCGGGGGCAGUCGCGGGGCAGGACUGCCGCGCCCCCGAGACACGAGGAGAAAUCCCCCGAGCGCGCCGUGGAGAUUGGACGUGAACCACAGGCUCUGGCGUAUUCUCCGCAGCUUCUGGCGCCCCAGCAGUACCAGCAGGCGCACUUGCCGCCCGUGCGUUUGCCCCUUCCUCAGGCACCGACGCCGCCAUUCCCUCCCCGCAGUGUGACAUCUCUCCCGCUCCUUGACAGCCAGCACCUCUUGGCGUCCCUUCCCUCCGCACCCCCUCCGCCAGUCCUCCCCUCGGCCGGUCCCUUCGAUCCGCGUCGGAUGGACAGGGCGAUGGGGUAUGCUGUGGAGAUGCUGACGGACUCACACUCCGUUCUACGGAGCUCAGUGAGCCCGUGCAAGAUGCCUCACGAUCCGCUCCAGCGCUGCGCGAUGGCUGCAGCUGAUCUGGCUGUCGUGUCCACGCGAGUGCAGCCUGUGCCCGCCUCGGGAACCGUGUUGGACCCGCGCCUGCUCGCCGUGAUGCGGACAGUAUCGGCGAGCGCCGCGCUGCGAGCGUCGGCGGCCGAAGGCCGCCGACGCGAGCCGCCACCAAGGGUUGGAGAAAAGAAAGAACUGGAAACUAAACAGGAAGAAUGAGGGAGGGAGAGAGCUUAUAUAGCUGGAGAGGGACUCAUGCUCUCUCUCUCUCUCUCGCUCUCUCUCUCCUCUCUCUCGCCACCAAGGGUUGGAGAAAAGAAAGAACUGGAAACUAAACAGGAAGAAUGAGGGAGGGAGAGAGCUUAUAUAGCUGGAGAGGGACUCAUGCUCUCUCUCUCUCUCUCGCUCUCUCUCUCCUCUCUCUCGCCACCAAGGGUUGGAGAAAAGAAAAGAACUGGAAACUAAACAGGAAGAAUGAGGGAGGGAGAGAGCUUAUAUAGCUGGAGAGGGACUCAUGCUCUCUCUCUCUCUCUCGCUCUCUCUCUCCUCUCUCUCGCCACCAAGGGUUGGAGAAAAGAAAGAACUGGAAACUAAACAGGAAGAAUGAGGGAGGGAGAGAGCUUAUAUAGCUGGAGAGGGACUCAUGCUCUCUCUCUCUCUCUCGCUCUCUCUCUCCUCUCUCUCGCCACCAAGGGUUGGAGAAAAGAAAGAACUGGAAACUAA